AUUAGGGUCAGAAGAACCCAACAGCCUCAGCUCGUGAAUUCUUUCUUUGUGCAGUUGUACAAGGAUGGGGCCUCCGACUUGCUCCGAGAUCAUUUCGAGAUUGAAUCUGGAAGGCCACCCAGAUGGCGGGUACUAUCUGCAGACCUUGAGAGACUCCUCCAUCGUCCUCUCCAAAUCUCACCUUCCUUCUCGAUACAAAGUUGAUCGUCCUGUGAGCUCAUCUAUUUACUUCUUGCUGCCUUCUGGGAGUGUGACGCUCCUUCAUCGGCUACCAUGUGCAGAAACCUUUCACUUUUACCUUGGAGAGCCUUUGACGGUAUUCGAGCUAAACGAAGAUGGAAAUUUCAAGCUAACCUGCGUUGGAUCUGAUCUACUGCGGGAGGACCAGCAACUACAGUACACAGUGCCUCCAUAUGUUUGGUUUUGUUCAUUUCCAACAAAUGACUACACCAUUUCCACAGAUGGGACUGUGAAAGUUCAUAAAGCCGAACCAAGGGACGCAGAGAACCACUACUCUCUUCUUGGGGUUACCUGCGCCCCUGCCUUUCAGUUCGAGGAUUCUGAGGUGGCAAAACGGGGUGAGUUCAUUUCGCUGUUCCCACACCUCGAGCCUCUCAUCUCCUUACUCACCUUGCCCGACUAAGGUUGACUGCUCCGUAGUGCAUCUAGCACUUGAAAAGCUGUAAGGUGGGAACAUCAUUGCUUGUUAUUCCCUAAUAAGAGCGCGACAUGAAAGGUGCAGCAGUGGCUUUGAGCUUUGUCUUAGGAAAGUUAAUCAACUCUUCGGCUAGCAUGUAUAGUGAACUGACAUUACGUAAUCAAAGUUCGAGAAAUUCUCAUGCUAUAAAUUCAUGUUUUUGCCUUCUUGA